ACUUUAACUUUGGUCCCUUUCGCUGUCAAAUAUAAACAACGACGUGGAUUCCGUUCAAGGAGUCCCACGCGCGGUUAUUUCCACCAGCCUUCGGAUCACGCGGUUUCCACGUCGGCUUCCGUAGUUCUUCUAACUGAGCUUCAAUGUCGGCGUGGCGGCGGCUCCCCGGAAAGGCGCGCUCGGCCGCCGGGUUGCUCACCUCCACCCGGGUGACAGAGCGGCUCUGGGACCCGCGUGCACCUUCAACCUGCAGUCAGAGCCUGAGCACGAGCGGCUCUUCCCGGAAUGACUAUUUGAAAGACCUGCAGGCUCAGUUGGCAGGAAUGAGGAAAAAAGCAGCAGAUGUUCUUCCAAGCAGCAGCUGGACUUCUCUGGAGAUCAACACCGGCCUGCCUCCUAAGAGGGUGGACAUCGUGAUCGUGGGAGGCGGCGUGGUGGGAUGGUCCAUCGCCUACUGGCUGAAGAAGAAGGAGAAGGUGCGAGGAGGGGUGCAGGUCAUCGUCGUGGAGCGGGACCCAACCUACUCCCAGGCCUCCACUGUGCUGUCAGCGGGGGGGAUCCGCCAGCAGUUCUCGCUGCCCGAGAACAUCCACCUCUCGCUGGCCUCCGCAGACUUCAUGAGGAACAUCAAUGAACAUCUGGGCGUGUUGAAUGAAGAGCCCGUAGACCUGCAGUUCAACCACUCGGGGUACCUCUUCCUCGCCAACGAGAAGGUGGCUCACAUCAUGGAGGAGAACUACAACACCCAGAGGCUCGCCGGAGCCAAAGUGUCUCUCCUCUCUCCGACUCAACUGAAGGAGAGGUUUCCGUGGAUCGACACAGACGGCGUGGCGCUGGCGUCCUACGGCUUGGAGAACGAAGGCUGGUUUGAUCCCUGGACUCUCCUGAACGCCUUUAAGAGGAAAGCCAUUUCCUUGGGAGUCACUCAGUUCUGUGGGGAAGUCACCGGUUUUAAGUCCAUAACAAAUGUUCUGACAACCGUUGACGACGAAAAAGUGGGAAUAAAGAGAAUCAAGUCUGUCAAAGUGCAGAUGCCCAACAGUCUGCAGUACCAGCCGGUCGACUGUGCCAUCGUGGUGAAUGCGGCGGGAGCCUUUUCUGGAAAACUGGCGGAGAUGCUGGGAAUUGGCCUCGGCCCCAAAGAUUCCUUCUCUGGAAUUCCAGUUCCAGUGGAGCCUCGAAAGAGGUAUGUGUACGUGGUCCACUGCCCUGACGGGCCGGGUCUGGACACGCCGUUCUUAAUCGAUUACUCUGGAGUUUACUUCAGGAGGGAGGGCUUAGGAGGGACCUACAUCACUGGGGUGUCACCUGAGGAGGGGGAGGAGCCAGACACCAGCGAUCUGGAGGUGGACCACCAGUUUUUCCAGGACAAAGUUUGGCCCAAAUUGGCGAGCAGAGUUCCUGCGUUUGAGAAACUCAAGGUGAGCAGCGCCUGGGCGGGCUUCUACGACUACAACACCUUCGACCAGAACGGCAUCAUCGGCGUGCACCCUCUGAUCAACAACAUGUACUUCGCCACCGGCUUCAGCGGCCACGGCCUGCAGCACUCGCCCGCCGUGGGUCGAGCCGUGGCAGAGCUCAUCCUGGACGGGAGCUUCCAAACUCUGGACCUGAACAACUUUGGAUUCAAGCGGAUUCUGGAGCAGGAGCCCAUGCUGGAGAGGAACAUUGUGUGACAGAGGCUGAGUUAUGCCUCCAUAGAAAAAAAAGACUCGGAUUUGCAAAGGAAAAGAAGAAUUUCUGGUCGAUGGAUUUUUGUGCACUUUUGUUAGCUUUUAAUCAAGAAACCGUCUGGUCUGUUUUGGAGAGAAUCAGCUGAAGAGAAAAGGCCUGAAUGGAGCAGAGGGAGGCGGGCCAACUGUUGACUUGCCCCCCAAGCAGUGUAACUUGUAAAAAUGCCAAAAAUCCAGCCUUCUGUUGCUCCUCAGAUUCCAGCGGAGCUGUUGUUGUGUGGUGCCGCUCACACAGACAACAGCUGCUUUGUUUUAGAGACAAAUCCCACUAAUUUCCUCAGUCUUAACAGGGAUGUUCCACUUCUGACUUCCUGAGUUUUCAACCUUAAAAUGAUCAAUUUUACCAAAGAUUCUCGUAUGUUUUUGAAAAGACAUGUGUUGUUGUGUCAUUACUUCACGUCUCUAAAAUAUUAUCUGAAAUA